UUUGUAGAUUAAUCCUGGAAAGCCCAAUGAGUCCCAUUUGCAAUAUGGUCCGUAAAAUCCCACGAGGAACUUAGCCCCAUUGCCCAGUUCUGAGAACAUCAAGCAGCUGCAAUCGGAACCUGGAAGAGCAAGAAAGAGGAGGAAAAGAAGAAGAUGAUGGUAUUGAUAUGGUCCUCUGCGAUGAUGCUUCGACGCUUUUGCUGCUUCAGCACUAGUGCUUCUUCUUCUCUUGCAUCUGCUCCUUUUUCUUCCCUUAACAAGAAAAGGCGUCUGGUCUUCUUGGGAUCCCCUCAGGUAUCUGCUUCGGUUCUUGAUGCUUUAUUCUCUGCAUCUUCUGCUCCUGAUUCCCUAUUUGAGGUUGCGGCAAUUGUUACUCAGCCACCCUCUGGGAGAGAUAGAGGAAGAAAGAUCACGCCUUCUCCUGUAGCACAGCAUGCUCUUGACAAAGGCUUCCCCUCUGAUUUGAUAUUCACACCUGUAAAAGCUGGUGAGGAAUCAUUUCUUGAGAAUUUCAAGUCUCUGGAGCCUGAACUUUGUGUUACUGCUGCAUAUGGGAAUAUUUUACCAAGCAAGUUUCUGAAGAUUCCAUCAUUGGGGACCGUAAACAUUCACCCAAGCUUGCUGCCUCUCUACCGUGGUGCAGCCCCUGUUCAGCGAGCAUUGGAGGAUGGCGUAAAGGAAACAGGAGUGUCACUAGCAUUUACUGUACGUCAACUGGAUGCUGGACCUGUUAUUUCUUGUCAAAGAAUAGAUGUAGAUGAUCAAAUAAAGGCAGCAGAGCUACUUGAGUUAUUAUUUGCACAAGGAUCUGAACUUCUGCUCCGUGAGCUUCCCUUUAUUUUUGAUGGAUCAGCUAAAAGAAAAGCAGAAGAGCAGGAUGAAUCUAAAGCAACUCUGGCUCCAAAGAUAACACCCAAGGAGUCAUGGCUAUCCUUUGAUCAAGAAGCUAUAACCCUUCAUAACAAGGUUCGUGCAUUUGCAGGUUGGCCUGGUACCAGAGCUAAAGUCAUGAUUGUGGAUCCCCAAAACGGUCAGUCUAAUACUACCGAGCUUAAGAUUAUCACAACAAGAGUUUAUAAUGGUGCCAAAGCUCAGAGUGGGGAUGCUGAUGAUGUGGUUUUCAACAAAGGUUCACUGAUAUUCCCAUGUGGCAGACAGACGGCACUGGAGGUGCUAGAAGUGCAACUUCCAGGUAAAAAGGUGGUAAAUGCGUCAGCAUUUUGGAAUGGAUUGAGAGGUCAGAAAUUGAAGCGGAUAUGACUACAGUUGCUGAGCAGCAGUCCAUGUAAGUUGUGAAGUAGACAAGGAAACACAUUGAGUUCUAUCAUCCUUCCUCUCAAAAAUGAAAAUAUUGUUAGUUUUAAUGUCUUUAAUUUUUCUUAAUACAUGUGGAACGGAGGAUUCUGGUGUUUCCGUACCAAAGGGAUCAUUCUUGUAUUAUUGUUGUGCACCGAGAACAGAGCAUCGCUAUUAGUUGGUUUGUGCGUUGGUCAGGUACAGCCCCUUCUAAAAAAGAUUACCGUAUUGUGAUAUGAAGGACUGGACCUGCUGCACCAAUGGAGGGAAAGAUUGAAGAAGAGUUCGUUUUCUUCCCAUUUCUUAACAUUCACCUUUUAGAUUGGUUGUUCUUCUGGGCUACGAAAAAUGGAUCUAAAAGUCCCCGAGUAGAGCUCUACUUGUAGUUUAUCCUUGAGAUAAUAUCAUUGGAAUUUCUUCGAGGACUGACUCUCACGGGGUACUCAGAAGAACCCUUCAGGCUCCUCUUUGUCCUAAAAGGGGAGUAAGAAUGUCAUUUGAAUUUUGUUGUUUAUGUCACAUUCUGCUUCCUACCAAAUUCUCUCUUCUCUUGUUCUGUUUGGUCCCUCGAAUCCUUUAAUUUUGCAUGUAAACAAGGUGAAAAGAGGAAACGAGCACUUCUUACGAA